AUUCACUGCGACGCAGCGCAUAGUUUCCAACAUGGCGGCCGCCGAUGUAAACAAUGAGGCUAUUUUACGAAGAAAUGUUUGAUUUUAAAGAAUUAAGACCAAACUGUUUGAAAUUUUACUCUUGAAUGAAUUAUUUCUAAAAUGGUUAAACAAACCAUCCAAAUAUUUGCAAGAAUAAAGCCGACUAAGGCGAAAGCUGGGGUGUAUGAUAUAGAUGAUGAUGAAGAAGGUUUGCCGAGACUCACAGUUACAAUACCUAGAGAACUUGCUGAUGGUUUUAUUAAUAACAAAAGAGAAAACUAUAAAUUUAGGUUUCAAAAAGUAUUUGACCAAACCUCAAAGCAAGAUGAAAUAUUUGACAAUGUAGCAAAGCCUGUGAUAGAUAAUGUGCUUGAAGGAUACAAUGGAACUAUCUUUGCAUAUGGACAGACUGGAAGUGGGAAGACAUUUACUAUCACAGGAGGGGCUGAAAAAUAUAAUGACAGGGGAAUCAUACCUAGAAUGUUGUCAUAUAUAUUUGAAUCUUUUGAAAAGCGUUCAGAAAGAGCAUUUACAGCACAUAUAUCUUACCUGGAGAUCUACAAUGAUUCCGGCUAUGACUUACUUGAUCCUAAACAUGAAGCUGCUAAACUAGAAGAUCUUCCGAAAGUGUCAUUAAUGGAAGACAAUGAUCAGAAUAUACAUCUAAAGAAUCUAUCAGUACAUCAAGCAUCAAAUGAGGAGGAGGCUCUAAAUCUACUCUUCCUUGGAGAUACUAACAGAAUGAUAGCUGAGACACCCAUGAAUCAAGCCUCUACAAGAUCACAUUGUAUAUUUUCUGUUCAUCUAACAUCAAGAGAACAUGGUACAGCUACAAUACGACGGUCCAAAAUACAUCUGGUUGAUUUAGCUGGGUCAGAGAGAGUAUCUAAGACAGGUGUUAAAGGUGUCUUGCUGUCAGAAGCUAAAUAUAUCAACUUGUCAUUACAUUUUCUGGAACAGGUUAUUAUAGCAUUAUCAGAUAAGAGUCGUCAACAUAUACCAUAUAGAAACUCUAUGAUGACAUCAGUGUUACGAGACAGUUUAGGAGGCAACUGUAUGACCACUAUGAUAGCUACAUGUGCAAUAGAUAGGAAAAAUUUAGAUGAGACAAUAUCAACAUGCAGGUUUGCCCAGAGAGUGGCCAUGAUUAAGAAUGAUGUGUUACUGAACGAGGAACUGGACCCUAAAUUAAUGAUUCAAAAAUUAAAGAAAGAAAUACAACAACUGAGAGAGGAGCUUGCCAUGGCAACUGGAGAAAAAAAAAGAGUACUAGAGAGACCAGCAUCACCCCAGAAGUCGGUGACCCCUGCACCAAUAGCUCCGGUACAUCAAGGCCCUCCACCAGACACCGGUCCCUAUAGUGAAACAGAAAAUGAUAAAUUAAAACAACUUGUAGUUCAGAGAGAUAAUGAAAUCAAUAUAUUAGUAAAUAUGUUAAAGAAAGAGAAGAAAAGAGUUAAGGAUGCAUCAUUACAGUUAGAAAGACUAGGUCAAAGACCCCCAUCUAGUGCUAGAGGAGAGGGUUACAGUGAAAGUUUUAAAGUACCUGAGAGGAAAGCAAAUGGUCAUGCUACACCUGGUUCCCGGAUGAAUACUGGAAAUUCUGAAGAUUGGCGGAGACCUCCCUCGGGUACCGGCAUAAGUAAAGAAAAACAGAGGCAACGGAUUGAAAAUGAUAAAAAAGUUAAGAAACAGAUACUGGGUGAUAUGUCGGUUGGUAGACAAGAGGCAUUUGAAAUUUUCCGCCGGGAUUAUGAGCACAAUGAUGCAAUAGAGGAGAAUAAACAAGAAUUGAAACAGAGAUAUUCUGAGGCUAAAUCUCUCGGAGAGAAAGUCAACAAAUCUAGGCAGCAUAUCAAUCAUCUGAAGAGUCAGAUAGAACAUUACAGAAUGAGUAUGGCCAUGCAAGGUUUAGCAGAUACUGAAAAUUUGGAGCCAGAUGAACAAGAGAUGGAGAUGAGACAUUCCAUGGAAACUGCUAAAUUACAAUACAAGGAGACAUUUAACAGAUUACGCACUUUAAAGUCAGAGAUAGAACAUUUACAACAUCUUCUAGAGAAGGCCAAGGUCAAACUGAUGAAAGACUUCGAAUUAUGGUGGGCUGACCAAAUGUCAUUGUCACAGCAAGAGCAACAGGGAGGAUCUAAUGGUACUGUCAUGAAUGCAUGGCAGACUCCGCCCACUACACAAGAUAGAGGAAGAUCCUCCUCCCCUGGCCACACAGACGUGCCACAUAGACUUAACAAAAUACGAGGAAGUGUGGCAGGCAAUAUUGCUCAUAAUUUACGAGCUUCAAAUAGUGCUGAUGGUAGAAUAAAUGAACCUGUAGAACCAAACAGAAGUGUAACAAGAACUAGAUCAAGUCAGAGCCCAUCCGGUAUGAGACUGACAGGAGACCCGCAGGCUGAUGCUGAUAUUAUGGCUUUUGUUAAAGCAAGACAAAAUAUUUUACAACAAACUCAGAAAAGGUGAUACAUGCUCAAUACAAUACAGGCAAUACACUGUUGUUAGUAGCUAGAUGUGUGUUGGUGACUGGGUAUGUGGUACUGACCAGGUCAUCUCUGGUGAUAUACCUAAUUGAACCAUCACACUUCGAUCCCACCUUGACCAUACCGGAUAUAAGACGUCGUACAAGGAAAGGAAACUUCUGCUGUGUAACAAAUACUGUGAUAGAUGAUUCUGAGACCAAAAAUUACAAUUUGGUUUGUUUUGGAAGCGGAAAAAAUUGGCUUAUAUGUCUACUUUUAUAGACAAGCACACAUUCAUAGAUACUUGAACAAGGUUGAAAAAAGAUAUUAUAUUUAUUUAUAUGAUUAAGAAAUCAAAAGAAACUACUUAUGUAUCCAAUGUUUGUAAUGCUGAUAGGUCUAGAAUGUAGUGGACUUAGAGAUAUUUGAUUGGCUAUAGAUAAUUCAUGCAAUGGGUACAUUACAUGCAUUUAUUUCAGCAAAUUGUGGUAUGAUAUAAAUUAUGCUUUGCUUAAUUGUAAUGAUGAAAAUUAAAGCCAAUAUGCUGUAUUCAUUUCUCUGUGCUUGUGUUUUUGACAUAAUGUAGGUAGGGUGUAAUAAAGUCUUGUUUCUGCACAUUUUGCUUCCAUUAUUGAUUUUGCAUUAUGUUGGUGUCUAAUCAAUGUAUGUUUUUAAAGCUGAUAAAGACAUUAUUUUCUACUAUAAUCUUUACUGAGUUAUUCUAUUAUCAUUGCAGGAUACAGAAUGAACAAUUAACAUUCAACCUUUCAAUUUUAUGUUAAAAGUUUUGAAAAUUUAUAUACAAAACAUAUAUAAGAACAUAUUAAAAGAUGAUACAGUUGUUUUAAUUUUUUAGCUCACCUGAGCUUGCUCAGGCUGAGCUUUUAGGAUCGGUGAAUGUCCGUCGUACGUCCACAAUUGCUUGUGAACACUCUAGCGGUCGCAUUUUUGCCUCAAUCAUCAUCAAACUUGGUCAGGAUGCUUAUCUAGUUGAAAGCUCGGAUGAGUUCGAACAUGGCUCAUCUCGGAUGAAAAACUAGGUCACAAGAGCUAAAAAUAGAAAAACCUUGUGAACACUCUAGAGGUCACAUUUUUGACCCAAUCAUCAUCAAACUUGGUCAGGAUGUUUGUCUAGGUGAUAGCUCGGAUGAGUUCGAACAUGGGUCAUCUCGGAUGAAAAAGUAGGUCACAGGAGCUAUAAAUAGAAAAACCUUGUGAACACUCUAGUGGUCACAUUUUUGAACCAAUCAUCAUCAAACUUGGUCAGAAUGCUUGUCUAGUCAAUUGCUUGGAUGAGUUCGAACAUGGGUCAUCUCUGAUGAAAAACUAGGUCACAGGAGCUAAAAAUAGAAAAACCUUGUGAACACUCUAGUGGUCACAUUUUUGACCCAAUCAUCAUCAAACUUGGUCAGGAAACUUGUGUAGGUCAUUGCUGGGAAUAAAUCGAACAUGGGACAUCUCGGAUGAAAAACUAGGUCACAGGAGCUAAAAAUAGAAAAAUCUUGUUAACACUCUAGUGGCUACUGUUGUGAUCCAAAUAUUCUGUUAAUUGGUCUGAAAGUUUGUUUUGAUGAUUUCUAAGUCAAGAUCGAACAUGGGUCAUCUUGGAUGAAAAACUAGGUCACACCGCCCAAAUAUGGAAAAACCUUGUUAACAUUCUAGUGGUCACAUUUUCGACUCAAUUAUCAUCAAACUUGGUCAGGAUGCUUGUCUAGGUAAUUGCUUGGAUGAGUUCGAAAUCGCAUGUGAAACUAGGUCACCGGAGCUAAAAAUAGAAAAAUCUUGUUAACACUCUAGUUGCUACUGUUUUGAUCCAAGUAUCCUGGAAAUUGGUCUGAAAGUUUGUUUUGAUGAUUUCUAGGUCAAGUUUGAAUAUGUGUCACCUGGGUAAAAAACUAGGUCGCACUGCUCAAAUAUGGAUAAUCCUUGUUAACACUGUAGUGGUCACAUUUUUGACUCACCUGUCAUGAGACUUGGUCAGAAUGCUUGUCUAGGUAAUUGUUUGGAUGAGUUUGAUAAGUCAGGUGAGCGAUCUAGGGCCAUCAUGGCCCUCUUGUUGUAAUUUAGCUCAUUUACAAAGAAUCUUAUGUCACAAGCAUACAUUUAAAUAAUAGAUUUCUUUUAAUUACAGCAUAACUAGUUAUAAUAGUAUAACUCACUUUUAUGCAGUAUAUUUUGUUCUAUCCAUUACUGGACACUGUCUCACUUCUACAUAUAGUUUUUCAAAAUAUUUUUUUCUUGAUAUUAAGAUAAUAUUUAUGAUAUAGACAGAUCUGCUGAAUCCUCUGGUGCCUUUUCCUGCCGAAUUUUAUGUAAAAGGUGCUUUAUAAAGAAGCUUAUACAAACUUUCUAUUUAUAUAUUAUUUAAUUAGUAAUAUUAAGUAUCUAACUUUUGGUUAGAAUUUUUUUAAGCAUGUGUCAUCUGGAGGCAUGUAAUAAUACUGUAAUUUACAUGUAAUAAUCAGGACAAUUGCAUUAUUGAUUAAUUGGUCACACAAGAUUUUGUAGUUCAAUUAAGUUCUUUAUUUUUCUUUACAUUAUUAAAUAAGUAUUAUAGUAACUGCUGUAACUGCUGAUGUUUUAAGAUUUAUACAUGAUGAAUGCUCAACUUAAACCAUAUGGUCUGAACUUACACUUUAAAAGAUAUACAUGUACUUUGACUUACUGUGAGGUCAAUAUUAUGCCACUAUAUCUUUUCAAAUUAUUAUCAUCAAAGAUGUUUGCCGUCCAACUUAUUUAUAGUUGUUUAUGUAUAGGUAUUGUUUAAAGAGUUGUGUGGUAGAGUUCAGUAUUACAGGUAAUCUGCUGCUUUUAAUGUGUAGAAUUAGUUCUAAUGAUGUCUAUAUUCUGCUGAUAUGACAUUCUAUAUACAAGUACUAGUAUGUGGCAUCUUGUUCAACAGUAUGGUGCUGGAAUAACAUUUUGGAAAUGCAUGUACUGAUUAUAUGAAUGAAAAAAAAACAAAACAUAUUUAGAUAUUUUUAUCAGAAAUAAACAUGAAAUGCACUUAUUGACAUUUAUCAAUAUAGACAACAUUUCAAAGAUCUGAUGUUUUAAUCCAGUGACCUUCAUCUCUCUCCAUGUUGGAAUCAAUUUGCCUUGCAUAAUGUAGAUUGUAAAAUUUUGAAUUGGAACCUAUAUAAAAUUGUGCCAAGAUGAGCAUUGGCAAAUGAGGAUGAGUAUUUGGAGUUCAGGGAUCAAGGCUUUCAAACCAGAACAAUUGGAAUAAACAAUUUUUAACAGAAAUCUUUUCAAAACUUUUGAUAGGCUCAGAUAUUUUAUAAGGCCAGUCAUCUGCAAUUACAGAAAGUCAGGAAAUAAAACUUCUGUCACAAUUAGUGAAAUAUUAAAUGUGAAAAUAUAUAUUUUUAGUGUUGUAAAAUAUACAUUACCAUUGUUACAUGUGAUAUGUUAUUGAUAUUUUAUUUGAUAUAUGAAAAUAUUCAUUAUAUGUGAUUACAUUUCAUUGCAAAUGUAUGUAUAGGUUAUUUAUUUAAUGCAUAUUUGAUUAUUUAAACUGUACAUUAUAUGCCAUAUUAAAAUGCCUAAAUA